AUGGCCGCGCUGAAGUUGCCGUACACACUUCACCUCUUCAACAAGACAGACAUCACAACGACCGUACUCCCAAUAGCGCUGUGCGGUCAGAUGGGGAUUGGCCUGGCGCUCGCGCAGCCAACGAACCUUUUCGCCAUAUUUCGAGGGUUUAUCUGGCUACAACUCCAUCUCGUUGCUUUCGAGAUCGUCGGACUUGAGGAGGAUAGGAUCUCGAAGCCUUUCCGACCUCUCGUAGCGGGGCGCAUCUCCCUGGACGGCGCCAACCGCCUAUACAAUACCUUCGUGGUACUCUCUCUCCUUAUGAGCGCCUGGUACGGCGGCAUCACGGCGUCGCUCAUCCACCUCGCCUCGAUGACGGUGUAUAAUCAAGGCGGUCUCGCCAGCAAUUGGUUCCUCAAGUCUGCGAUCGGCGCACUUGGGACCUCGUGCUAUUGUUGGGGAGUGACGCUCAUGAUGAAUGACGGAAAGCCUCUAUCCGAUACAGCGCGACUGGCCAUCACACUAUGCUUCUUCAAUUUCCUCACAACCGGCCACGCACAGGAUUUCCGCGACCGAGCUGGAGAUGCUGCUAUUGGGCGCAAGACACUCGCUGUGAUGCUGCCGCAGACUACCGGUCGCUGGCUGCUUCUAACCAUGAUCCUUUUGUGGAGCGUCGGACUCACACGGCUAUGGCACGUUCCCGCCGGGGUCGUGCUUGUGAACCUUUCUCUUGCAGGUGCCUGUGGGAUUCGCCUUGUCAUUGAUUACUCGGAAGCCAGCGACAAAGCGGCUUACUGGUGGUACAACCGAACACCUCAGGACAUGUCCUCCUACACGGAUAUGGCACAAGAUCCCGACUGGCUCCUCACGCCCGAGGGCUUAGCAUCGACCAUGGGCUUGAUUCCAGGAAAAGAGCCUCCCGACCUGAACGAGGAUAUUCGGGCAGGGCUUAUUUCGCACCAGGUACCUCGUUGGUACCCAAUGGAUGAAACGUUUUCUCAACCACGUCUUGCGGCUAGCUGGGUGGACUUCAGCAGCUACCAAGUCCGCUUCGGCUGGCAAGAUACUGGUGACGAAUUCUCUGCCAAGUACCUACCUCAGACCAUCGAGAAGUGGAAAGCCAACGACGACGUCAUGAGCGCCGCGACGAACCUCUUGAAUGAGAUCUCAGCCAUGCCGUACUUCAUGCGCCUCGCUAUCCAACCCGAAAAUCAGGACUUCCUGCCGCUUCAAUUUGGUCGUACCCUCGCCGCCGCAGAUGCCAUGGAUCGCAUGUCCGCAAGAGACGUAGCCCUGAUCCUUCAGUUUCUCUCCACACUCCUCGUCGUACAGGGUCCAGGUCCCGAGAAUGUUGUGAAGGGCAACGUCACCUUCGUCAAUCCUCCCGAGACCAUCCCUCAGGCGGACAGGGAGGCGUUGAUCCCGCGGCUGCGCGUCUGGAAGCGCAAGUUCCCAAACGUGUUGGCGGGGGAGACCGCGGAGAGAUGCUUGACGGUGCUGACCGGGAAAGGCGAAAUGGCCCCGAUGAUCCCCAUGGUGCGCGGCGCCGUGCUCAAAGGUGUUCAAUCAUGCGCUGCUCAGGGUUGCAGCAAAGAAAGCAGCGACGGUGGCCCGCUUCUACGAUGCGCGAAGUGUCGGUCGACCGUAUACUGCGGCCAGCAGCACCAGCGAGCCCAUUGGUCACAGCACAAGCAGAGGUGCUUCAAGGUGGAGUGGUGA